AUGGCCUGCCACGUCGGCGGACGGCCCGGGCUGUUGUCGUUCCGCCGGGGGUCCAUGGCGGGCUCGUCCCUCGGGCGCGCGGCGGUUCGAUCCGACGCGGGCGUCGACGCGUUCGCACGCGGCGUCGGGGAGAUAACCGCGCAGGAGGGCCAGCGCGGUCGCGGCAGAGGAGGCGGCCGCGGCGGCGGCAGGGGCAGGGGCAGGGGCAGGGGCAGGGGCCGCGGCGGACGCGGCUUCAAGCUCCGCCAAUCCUCCGACGGCAAAUCCCACCUGGGCACCACGCUCCGCUACCAGGACAACAAGCCGUUCCCGGACCACCUCGCGACGUCGCCGGCGUACCCCGACGCGCUCACCUCACCCAUCGAUCCGUCCCCCGGCGGCCUCGUCGACGACGCCCCGAUAAAGUUCCUGCCCCUCGGCGGCCUCGGCGAGAUCGGCAUGAACUGCGCGCUCGUGGGAACGGAGAACCGAUACGUGCUGCUCGACGCGGGCCUCAUGUUCCCCGACCACGAGGAGCUCGGCAUCCAGAAGGUGCUACCCGACGUCUCGUUCCUCGCGCGAUGGAGGGACAAGGUGGAGGCUGUGCUCAUCACGCACGGGCACGAGGACCACAUCGGCGCGUUGCCGUGGGUCAUCCCCGCGCUCGACCCCGACACUCCGGUGUACGCCGGUCUCUUCACCAUGCAGCUCAUACAGCGACGGAUGAAGGAGUUCAACCUGUGGGGGGACGGGAGCAGGUUCAAGGUGAUCGACAUGGGGGAGAGGUUCGACGCGGGGCCCUUCGAGAUGGAGGCGGUCAGGGUCACGCACUCCAUCCCGGAUUGCUGCGGUUUGAUCUUUCGGUGCGCCGCGGGCACCGUGGUGCACACCGGCGACUGGAAGAUCGACGAGAACCCCGUGGACGGGCUGAACUUCGACCGGGAACAGUUCGAGCGCGUCGGCAAAGAGGGCGUGACGCUCAUGAUGUCCGACAGCACCAACGUCCUGUCCCCGGGACGGACGAUAAGCGAGUCGCUGAUCCGCGACUCGAUGGUUCAAAAAGUUUUGGGUCACAACGGCAGGAUCAUCACCACGCAGUUCGCGUCCAACAUCCACCGCCUGUACGGCGUCAAGGCUGCCGCGGACGCGUCCGGGCGCAAGAUCGCCUUCGUUGGCAUGUCCCUGAACACCUACCUCGAGGCUGCGAAGAAGGCUGGGAUCCACCCGAUCGAUCCCGACGAGCUCGUCCCCGCGGAGGAGAUUGAAAACGUCAACCCCAACGAGCUCAUCGUCGUCACCACCGGGUCACAGGGCGAGGACCGCGCGCAGCUGGCGCAGGCGGCGUUCGGCGGCUCACGUUUGCUCACCCUACAACCCGACGAUCUCCUCCUGUACAGCGCCAAGAUGAUCCCGGGCAACGAGAAGCGCGUGAUGCGAAUGAUGAACGCCAUCGCGGCGCGGGGCCCGCAAAUCGCGAUGAAGCGAGAAGACGGGCUUCACUCCUCCGGCCACGCGUACCGCGACGAGCUGGAGGAGAUCCUCAAGAUGCUAAACCCCGAGCACUUCCUCCCGGUGCACGGCGAGUACGCCUUCCUGAAGGAGCACGAGCUGCUGGCGAGGGAGUGCGGCGUGCGGCACUCGACGGUUAUCGGCAACGGCCAGAUGCUGGGCGUGACCCCGCUUCGCAACGGCAGGUCGCACGGCACCCUCGGCAACCUCCACCUCCUCGGCGAGGCCCGCCUGCAGACCAUGUUCAACGACGGAGGCAAGGGAAGCGGCACGAGCGAGGACCUCGCCAUCGAGGAGCGCAUGCGGAUCGCCACCGAGGGCAUCGUCGUCGUCGACCUCGAGGUUUUCGACAACCCACCCGCCCAAGACGCCCCCGCCGCCGACGCCGACGCCGACGCCGACGCCCCCGACGGCGAACGACGCGGCGGCGGGUACAUGACCGCGAGGGCGCGCGUCACCUCGCGGUCCAUGUGGACGGACGAGGGUCGAAUGCUCGCCAAGAUUCGCGACGCCGCGGAGAGAUCCGUGCAGGCGCUCGAGUCGGGCGCCAGGCUCAGCGCCGUGGAGCGAACGUGCGCCUCCGCCGUGAGGUUCGAGGCGAGGGCGUACAGCGGCAAGCGACCGGACGUCAUCGUCGUCGCGCACCGCGGGCAGGGCUCGCCGAGCGAUCUGGCGAGGCUGGAUAACGCCAUGUCGACGGCGGGCGGCGGAGUGCCGGGGGACGACCGGGGCGGGAUGGUCGGAGCCUCUGGGACCAAAUACAGGCCGAGGCAGGCGAGGAGGGACACCGCGCCGAGGAACGUGCGGCCGUUGCGAGGCCCGGGGUCGGCGCGAGGGGACGGCGGCGGCGGGGCGAGGCACAUGCGCCGCGAUACGGAGUAUCAGUGAGGAGCGGCCCGGGCGGGGGGCGGCGGGGGGAACUUGGAAUUGGAAUGGAAUCGGGCCGAGACUUUG